CGGCCUCCCAGAGGACCGCUCGGCAUCCCAGAGCAACUUCCAUCCUGCAUCCCUGCUCAGCAUCCUGGUGCAACUCCCACCAGUGACUCCCUUGGAAGCACCUUCCAUCCAUCUCUGCUCUGCAGGGAUCUCUCCCUUGGUACAGCCCAUGGAAGGGCACCAGGUUGCAGCAGCUGCUCCGGAUCCGCUUCCUCUCCUGCUCCUUCCCUCACUUGUGUGCGUGGGCUCUGUGGAAACCUGCCUGCCGUAGGAGACCCGGAGCACGAGGAGGACACGYGGGACGGGAUGGUGGUGGGAAGGACCGUCCCCACGAGCUGGACCGCUGCAGGAACCUGUGAGGUUGCCCUGAAGAGGAGCCCUCGGCGAUGGUGCUGCAGGAUGCYGGCCCUGGCUGUGAGGGACACCUCUCCUCUGCUGUAGCUGCCACCAAAGUGUCUUCUGGGGAGCAACGAGCGCUUGGCGAACGCUCCCGGGCGGCCAACAGGAUGCCUAGGAGCUCGUCCUCCCUGCAAGACUUGUACCACAGCAGCACUGUGACGGCCAGGCCAGACCCGGGGACAGCACCGCACGUGACCGUGCCAGAAAGGGCUCCUCUGAGCCCCCAAACUACCAGUUUCAACAGCACCAAAAUGCCUGAGGUGGCCAGCAGCGGGGCUGGCCUGAGCACCAUGCUGCUCUCCUUCGGAAUCCUCACUGUCAUUGGGUUGGCUGUGGCCAUGGCCCAAGGAGGAGUUUUUCCAAAAGCCCCUAAGAGACCUGGAAACACUGUCCUGGAAAUGACCGUUCUGUAUAUCAGGAAGAAGAAGAGGCUGGAGAAGCUGCGCCACCAGCUCAUGCCCAUGUACAACUUCGAUCCCACCGAGGAGCAGGACGAGCUGGAGCAGGAGCUGCUGGAACAUGGCCGAGAGGCAGCAGCUUCCCAGGCAUCCCAGAACAAGAUCCUGCUGACGAGCCAGGGGGCUCUGCAGAGGCCCAGUCGCCUCGUGUUCGCAGACGUCGCCGAUGCCAUCAACGCGUGAACAGAACCUGCCCCUGCUCGGGGACCGUGCCCAGACUUCGGAGGAUGGGGGCAAYGAGCCGGUGACUUCUCGCAAGCGUGAGCACCCAGCUGGCCACCCGGUUGGUUUGUGCUACAGAUGGGCACAGGCACCCGUGUGGCUUUGGAAAACAGACCUUUCGUGAUGGCAGGAGCAACAUUUGGUGCGUCCGUCGCUACUGGAAGGUCCUGGGCUGCCAUGCUGCAGUUUUGGGGCUGGUGCUGAGUGUCAGCGUCAACCCAGCGGUGUGCUCAGGGACAGUGCUCGCUGUGUUGUGGGUUAGCUGAUUCAGAGCCCGUGAAGGCGAGGGAAGGAGAAGGGAAUGUUUCAGAGAGCUUCCCCAGGGGUUCCAGACCCUAAAUGAACAUGUCUGUGCAGGGACCGCAGCCUCAGCAGAGCCCAGAGGGGUGACAAAGCCACUUUGAGCCAGGACAGCUGCCCCCACGAGCUGCGUGCUCACCUGGGACAGGGACUCUUAGCUCUUAUGCCCCCCAGGAAAACAUGUACCUUGAGGUUCACCCCUCUCGUGGCUUGUGGCCUGCUGAUAUACGUGUGCCCUGGGUGAUGCUGCAGUUCACUAGCUGUAAAAAGCAAAAUGAAAAAACGUAAGUCUGAUCACAUCUUAACUGAGCAGGUGGGUGGGCAUCCCCCGGGGCUGUGGCCUGCAGAGCUUGCCCUGCUUCCAGAGGCAGGGGGGACCACRUCCUGCUGCGGGACACCCACAGCCAAGCAGGGAAGGGACUGAGACACACACCGAGCAGGACUGGGGCUCUGGCACCAGGAAUCCUCCCCUGCUGUGGCCCAGGGAAGUUUCUACCAUGCAGACAAGGGUAGAGAGAGGAGAUUAAGGCUUAAAGAGGAAAAUUAUGUAUUGGCUUAACACUGCACCAACCCUGUGCCUGUCCCCGAGGUGGCUCAAUAGCUGGUUUUUACUUCCUUACCUGCCAGGACCUGCAAUCAGAGUCUUUUCUUCUUCCUGCUGAAGAAAACAGAGCUCUGCAUUAGCCUCCCCUCGCACUACCUGCAGGUGGGUCUGGCCAGGUGGGACGGCAGCUCCCCUGUAGACCCCAAGCACCUCCCUGCRUGUCGCUCAGGACCAAAGCAUGGCGUAAAGGACAGACACGAGGGUUUCCCCUGUCCCUUCUGGCCACCACAUUGGCCAGGAUGGCCAUGGCACCACCUGCCCUGUCCCAUCCCGCAGCCAGGAGCCUGCAGAGGCAGCUGAAAGCGGGGUGUGAAUCUGAAGGCAGAUCUAAAGGCGGGCUUCACGCAAGGAGGUUUUUCACUGAGUGGCCAUUGAGGCCUCCUGCACGUUGUUACAAACAAGCACCUCCCCAGCCCCUUUUUUCCUCCCCCCCAGUGACUUUUUCCCCUUUUCACAGCUGUGAACAAUUUCCUGCACAUCCAUCUCUCACCCCUGCUGAAAACAGUUCCUUACCAGCCCUGCACUGGCACAGCUUUCCCCUUGGCACUAUGGCAGGGUUGAGGGAGUUGUUAAUUUUGGAAAAGGCAUCUCCCUUUCCAAACCUGGAGGCUCCUGGGUGUGCAGUAGGGUUAGAGGACACUGUCCAUGGGUCAUCCCGACCGUUAUCCCAGUGUGAGCAGCCAAGCAGCAUUUCCCCCAGAACUUGCAGAGCUGCAACUUUUAUUUCCCUCUCUUUGAAUUCUCUGCAAAAGGUACCCGUAGGCUGAGCUGUGUCCUCAAACCAGCGACUUCCUUCAUGCUCUUAAUCUGCCAGYGCGGGGGCAAGAACCUGCUCCUUGUUCCGCGUUAAUGCUGAGCUGCAUCUUGUCUACCGAACCUACCCAUGGCAAAUCCUCUUUAGCCAUCCUUCCCGUAGUGGCAGGAUUGUCCCGCGAUGGCUGCUCUUAGAUUAACGAAGUACAGACAACGAGA